GUGUGUUAAAUCAUAUUCUGUAUUUGAAGACGUGCGUUGGACCUGAUCCCAAAUUAUUUAGCUUUAUAGUUUCUCAUAAAAUUGUUUUUAGGGUUUAAAUUUUUUAGAAUCAGACAACUGUAAAAUUACUGUUCUUGAAUUCUUUUUAGAGACUAAGGCAUCUUUCAAUUGAAUCUUGACUUUUAUGUUGGUGUCAUUUCCAUAAAGAAGGGAUCUUUGGUUUCCUCAAACGGAAGCUUCCAUUUAGUUUUUCAGCAUGCCGCAACCAACUUGAAGAUAAAUCAAACUCGUUCUCUAGUUCAAUGGAUGAAUCCAUGUGGUUCGGCUGCAGCAGCUGCCUUCAAGAUCAAAUACCCAGUGACUAUUAAGAAUAUAAUGGCUGAUGAACACAUGGAUGGUAUAACAUUUCAGUUGUUUUCAGUUAAUGUGGAUCUUGUUGAGUAUGAUUUGUACUUUUAGCCCCCGUUCGGUUGCCCAUAUUCAGUCUCAAAUUAUAUUAAACCCAUGUUUGGUUGGUCAUAUUAUACCUUUGACUCAAUCUGAGAUUGAAUCCAGGAUGAAUAGUCAGGAGACAAGUAAUCAGGGCUUGACCCCCCUACGACAAAAUUAGUCCGUGUGUAUAGAUAUUAACUUUCCAUCUCUACCCUCUAUAAAUUCAAUGAAUUUGAUAUCCUCAACUGCCGUAGAACCAGAUUUGGGAAGAAAGAGAUUCAGAUUUGGAGAUAGAGUGAAUCUUUGCAUGAUGGAGACUAUAAUACCUAUGAACUUGCAUUUGACAAAGGCUGUGUGAGCAACUUUUCUUCAAAAAGUUUAGACAUGUUGCUAGAGAAGCUGCAUCUGGGUGAUAUGUUAUUCUCUCAUGUUUCCCCUUCAGUAUUUCCUGGAAAUGUCAUUUCUGCUUCAAGUUCUUCAUUGGACUGGAUGGGUACAGCUCCAUCUGAUGUAAAUCACAGGUUGAUCUCUUUGCUAUCUCCUACUUCUGGAAUGUUGUUCAGUAUCUAUAAUCUGCCGUUGCCUGGGCAUAUUCUAAUAUGCGGACCUGCAGGAAAGCAAAGGAGCUUUUGUGGGACUGGUCCCAUUGCAUUCAUUGCUACUGUGCAAUCCCUGACUAAUUUUCCACAGAGCUUGAGCUGUUCUGGACGGUUUGACUUUCAUAUCAAUCUUCAUGCACCUGCUGCUGCUGAACGGUCAGCUAUAUUGAAGCAUGAGAUGGAGAAACGAUCAUUGCAAUGUUCUGAUGAUCUCCUGUCAGAUAUAGCAUCAAAAUGUGAUGGAUAUGAUGCUUAUGAUCUACCGGUGGCCAUGCGAGACAUCACUAAACCAGCUACCGAAGGUGGUCGCUCUGGUUGGGAAGAUGUUGGUGGUCUUAAUGACAUUGGAAAUGCUAUUAAAGAGAUGAUUGAGCUACCUUCAAAAUAUCCCAACAUAUUUGCACAAGCACCAUUAAGAUUGCGAUCCAAUGUUCUCUUAUAUGGUCCUCCUGGUUGUGGGAAAACACAUAUUGUUGGUGCAGCUGCUGCAGCAUGUUCACUACGGUUCAUCUCAGUGAAAGGGCCCGAAUUGCUUAACAAGUAUAUUGGUGCUUCUGCACAAGCUGUCAGUUCCUUCAUCCAGCUCAACCUAAUAUUUCUUUUGCUGUUCCGCCUCAGCUACCAAUACCUUCGUCACAUUAUAUGCCAGUUUCUAACAGAAUUGGAUGGUGUUGAAGUCUUGACUGGUGUAUUUGUUUUUGCUGCUACUAGUCGACCAGCUUUGCUCGAUGCUGCACUUCUACGGCCUGGACCGACUUUUAUUUUGAGAUUUUCCAUCACACCAGGAGAGGCUAGAGAUUCUUAAGGUCCUCUCAAGAAAGUUACCAAUGGAUGGUGAUGUCGACUUGGAUCACGUAGCUCAAAUGACUGAAGGCUUCAGUGGAGCUGACCUUCAAGCGCUUCUCUCAGCACAACUAAAAAGAUGCACGUAAUCACAAAUGCUCUAUUGAAGUCCAUCGCGUC